GUUCAGUGUACCCACGUUCAGCGUUUGCACACGUUCAACGUGUCUAGCCGACCACGCGAAACAAUAAUAUCUCAUAAUAUAUCGUCGGGAAAAAAAAAAUAAAAUAAAACUGUACACGUGUACACGUUGUUUUGUGCGUUUUUUCAACUCUCGUCCGCGGUUGUAAUUUUUUUUAUUUUUUAUUUUCUAUUUUCUUUCCGCGUUCAAAUCCCCGCGGUCCCAUACUACUCGUCUGCAUAACGAACAUAAUUAUUACACGGCCUUUGCGGCACCGAACACGGCCCACGCAUGUCCGAACGAAGCCAACAACCCGACACCGAAGCGCAAAUGGACGAAACCGACGAGUGAGUAUUUUGUUAUUUAUGUCGAUCGCUUCGAUUACCCGUUUCUCUCAUUGAUGAACUAUAAUUUCGUUUUUAUUACUAUUAAUAUUCGUCGCUCGUGUUUAUUUCGGCCACUUACGUCUCGUCGAAUGCCGACGGUUUCCGUAGCGGCUAUCAUUUUUCCGGCGAUUUCGUCGACAUUUCGAUACGGAUAAUAUUUUUUUUAUUUUUUUUUUUCUAUGUGUGUACCGUAAUUUUUCGAUCGAUUGAACUACGAAACACCCGCGCAAUAUUGAAAACAAAAACAAACUGUUUGCUUAGGUUUUUCGAAGACGGUUCGGAUUCCCGUUAAACGUCCUACACUUGUUGUACACCAUCAUCGCUAGUGUGUCAUCACGUACUUACACUGUUUAUUCUGUUGUGCGCGUCUACAAUCGCCAUCAUAAAUCAAACGCAUAGGAACUGUGCACCGAUGUUAUCGACUUUGACGAAAUAAUAAUUGUUACGCUGCGUAACCUUCGGUAAACCAUUAAACACAAUCGGUUUACAUAUUAUUAUUAUUAAACCUACUUGUACCCGAACGUCUGAUAAUAACAAAAUAAUAUUGUUUCAGCCGGUCUUUUAUGUUAUACAGAUAACACGGACGCGUCUGUCUGGGCCAUUCCGUUGCGUUUUCCUCCAUAUCGAAUGAAUCCCGUUAUGUUGUACGGUACAAAAAUAAUAUUACCGAGAAUCGAUUUUUCAGAAAAAAAAAAACCUCUAUACUACAACACGUAUUUAAAUGUCACUAAUUAAUUUAUUACUUAAUGUAAUUUGCCUGAAUUGUAUUAAAUUUGAUCGUAUGAAAAGCUAACGUUUUACCGGAAGUUAUUUCCAAAGAAAAAUCGCACAGUUUUUUAACACAUUAUAUCUAAAAAGAGCAAAAGUUUGAGUGGGCUAGACUCAUAGAUGACCAUUUUUUUUUUUUCGGGAGGGAGUUAAUUUGUGUGGAUGGAUUCGGAAAGGGAAUAAGUCUCAUGUUCUACUUUGAAUUCUAGUUAUCACUAUAAUAAUGAAAUUGCACAGGAUACAGUAGGUAUAUCGUUUUGAAAUUACCAACUAUUGAGACAGAAGACACGGGUGAUUUAAAGGCCGGACGUAAACAUUGUAAAUAUAAAAAUGCACACCCACUGUUUUACAAUUAAUUUUUAAUAAUUAAAUUUCAAAAAAGUACGUCACAAAAAAAUGAAUUUAAUUAAAUUAAAAACAAAUUAAGACAAUUUGAUCAGAAAAAAAAAAAAGAAAGGUCAUUUGGUAGCGAUUACUUCAAGGAUUACUAAUCUACUCGGUCUGCGUAUAAUCAUGUUUUUGCUGUGUUGGCUCGUUCGUCGGACUGAGACAAUAAAUGCGGGUAUCACGUACUCUUAACUAGUAAAUAUAAUAUACACAGGUAAUUUCAGAAGUUUUGUAAAACGUAUUUAAAUGCACUAAAAACGUAGUGUAACCCGGGGCCCGGGAUCGGUUGAAGAAAACACAACACAAACGCAUUAUAAUAUAACGCAUAGUGCCCGUUCGAAAGCUUUUCGAAUAACAUUAACGUAAUAUUAAUUGACAAUAUUGUCUGGACGAAAUUUUAUCAUUGAUAACAGCACGACGACACCGGUGGCCGCUCUCUUAUUACAGCUGCUCUCUAAUUUAUAAACAUAUCCUGUCGCGAGAAAUAGAUUGUGCCCCGAGUCAUCGUGAAAAUGAUUAUAGUGCGGAGAUAGGCGGCGAAAAACCUCGACAGGGUGAACGAAACAGCAGUAGGUUAACUCGACUGUGCAUGGUGUUAUACGCGGGCGGAGUGUGCGGAGAAUAUUAUUAAGAUGGGAAAAAAAAAGACGAAAAAGAGAAAUGAACGUGAAUUUACAGUGUCCACAUACUCGUGACGGAAAAAAAAAAAAAUAUCCAUAUACCUACAUAUUAUGUGUAUCAUCCACUAGAAGUGUAUUACAGUCCUUAUAAUAUUAUAUAUAUAUCAUCUUCGGUCCGUAAUGGGAAAACGUUGAAGUGUGCUGAAAAAAAAAAAAAAGACCAUCGUUUUUAUCCUUUCCGCAAACAUUCGCGGUGCCGUCGCCGUCGUGUUAGAAAUCGGAUGUAGGGAUCGGGUUGGCGGAUAUAAUAGUUUCCCCGGCUUUCGGAUGCAAAUCUGUAAUCUGUAAGCUUUUCUUUCCAUUGUCGCGGACGCGAUCAUAACUUCCGUCGCCGGCAUCACACACCUAUACCUAAAUAAUAAUAAUAAUAUGCAAUCACACGUGAUAUAUUUAUAUAUAUUUUUUUUUUUAUUUAUUAAAUGAACGGUGUGCCGUAUAAGUCGAUACACAUAUUACAUUGUACAGGGUGAUCCAUUUGCGUGGCUACACUCGAUGUAUUUCAAAAAGUAUCCACUUUUUGCAAACAAUUUUUUUUUUCGCAAUUUAAUAUACAAGCAACCCUAAAAUGUUAUAUUAAUAUUGAUUUUUGUUAUUUUCGGGGGUGAAAAAACUACACACUUUUGAUUAUCAAUCUAUAUUAAACAGUUCCAUAAACAGAUGAAAUAAUAAGUUUAAAUACAUUUUGGUGUUGAAAUUGUUGAAGUCUGUAAACCCGUUGACGACAAAUCCCGCUUUUGAGUUUGCGUAUGGGAAGAGUAGUGGAGUAGUAGUAGUAGCAGUAGAGUAGUUGAAACGCUGCGUGCCACCCCCUACACAAUAUCGAGUGUAGCUACUUAAAUGGAACACCCUGUACUAUCUGUUCAGCACGGAUUUGCUCGUGCACAGUAUUGAGCGAGAAAAAAAAAUCGUUGCUAUUCACCACGGGUAGGCCACUGUUGGCAGGGCCAGAAUACGUCUAGAUUACUCUAGAAUAGGUCCUUGAAUAUGUUGCUCUUGGGAAUAAAUCCCCGCUUCUCGUCCUCAAUUUCCGGCUUUGACAACUGGUAGCCACUGUGGGGUAACCUUCAUCAGUGGCCAAGGCAACUGACAAGCUAGGAUAUACAAGGUAAUUUAGUUUAUAUACUGUACGCAACAAUAAAUCACUAUAAACGAUAAAAUGAUUUUGAGCAAAACCGUAUAAAUCGUGUUUUUUGGGUUGGUAUAUCGGCAUUUGUUGUUAGUUUUUAAAAUUGUAUAGAAAAACUGAUGGAAAUUGAGAUAUUUUUUUUGAAAAUAAAGUUUUGGACGAGAAAUCCGCAUAUUCGUUUUUUUUUACAGUAUUUACUGUGAACAAAUUUGUUUCGUUUUUACUAGCCAUAAAGGUGUUUUCCGAAAGAAAAAGAAACACAUCUUAGUAAAAAACUACAGAAGCUUUUACGCUACACUCAGAAUCUGAAUUUGAAACGUAUCUACCCGCCAUUUCGCGUUUCCCCGUGUCUUUCUAAUAAUAACGGUAUUUUAGAUUCGGGACGUAUUUUUAAUUUUAUUUCAUCCGUUUCACCGAAGCGAGUCAUAAAUCAACAAAACAUUUCAAUUAUCGUACCGAAAAUACCAUAAACCACCGUGAGAGCCACUUUAUAUAGGUAUGAAUUCAGGAAACGUGGCUUUCGGGUAAGCACGGACCCGUUAAUCUGCUUUUAUACGGACAUUUUCAGAUUUUUUUUUUAGAUUUUGUUUGCGCACAGACAAACAAACCGAAACGUUCUUUUACUAAACUUUGUUUUUUCUAGGAGCGCUUUCCGUCCAAAAGUUUUUUAAACUCUAUAAUCUUAAUUAUUACGGUUAUAUUGUCUGUUUUAUUCGUCAAUAAUAAGAAUUGUACUCGCGACAUUAAUUUUUUUUUUUGUUCAUUAUAACUUUUAUGGGCAUCGAAACAGAAAUCCGCCGAACUACAGGGAAUAAUAAAUAAUAACUCGAAGUUAUUGCAGUCUGAAAGUUUAUGAGUUCUAAAUUGUGCGAAAAAUCGUCUGCUCUUUAUUCGCUCAAAGUUGAAACGUAAAAGUUUGAAACCAAUCUCGACGAGAUUUGCGAAUCAUUUUGACGUAUUGUAUACGAUUUUAUCAUUCCGAGCAAGAAAUUAUUAAAUUAUUAAAUAAUUAUAAAUAAUUGAAUAAUCAUUAUUUUCCCGCGGGAUAUUAAUCGAUAUACGCGUCAUACGGUACGCAGUCCGAAGUCACUCGUAUACGAAUCGUACACAACAAUUUCGUUCGCGGUUGUACAUUUUAAAUUCUGGCUUAUGGUUUUACAAACAUGUUUAUUUAUUAUUUUUUUUCUGUGAAUAACUUUUCUACCAGAGAACUUGCUCCGAUUUGUACGUGUAACAUUUUUUCUGAAAACAAAUUUAACUGAAAAAAAACUAUAAACAGGUUAUUUAUCUAUUUUCUCAAAAGUUUUCCCAGCAAAUGUGAUAAAUCGAAAAAAAACGGAUACAAUAUUAAACAAAUAUUGUUAAAGAUAAUAUAUAAUGCCUAUUUAAUUAUUUUACCAUAAUGUUACACAUAAAUUGUCGACAAAACAUCAAUAUCAACUGAACUCCGUUCAGAAUCGUUUUUUCGUUAGCAAUGGUUAACCGUUGCUGACAGAUAUGCAUUAAAUUACCUAUAACGGUGGUUGCACCCGUCGCCGUUAUCCUGGGACGUCUUUUUUUUUUUUGAUCUGACUUUUAAAUUCCCACAAUAGUCGUGAUUGGUGGAGAAAACGAUUUUACGGUUUACCCACGGUUCUUAAUAGCUACAUCACCUCGCAUUGGAAACCCCCAAGCACACCACUGCGCACUACUCUCGCUUAUCAAUAUUCACCUUAUUUCUCCGGGUCUUGUUUCACCCGAUCCGUUUGUUCGUCGCUUUUCUCUGGGUGACUUUUUUUUUUUUCUCUAUACACUCGAUAAUCGAACACAAUACGAUUUUUAGCGAUCGGAUUUCAUUCGUUCUCGUUGUUCUUCCGGGCCGCGAAAUCCAUCGCCCAUACGAGCGGGCCCAGAGCGUCGUACGCAACGUUUUAGCGCGGUCGUUUCGUUUGUUCGGGCGGCGAAGAAUGCGCGCGCAUUAGCGGAAUUUUCAACUCGGCUUUUUAAUAAUCGGUGUUAAAACUUUGCGCAUUAAACAUUUAAAACAUUUUGUUACGCUCACCCCCUCCCCAUCCUCAAACCCCGUGUAAAACACAUUAAUUUACACGAACGUUAUGCGUUUUUGUCCGGAGACGACCCGAACGAACAUUUUUUAUGAUAAUUACGCGACGCGGCGUUUUUCUACACACGACUUUCGAACACGGUUAAGCGAACGAAGGGCAUUUUCGUCUGUCUCCAACCCCUUGCCCCGACCGCCUCCUUUUUUUUUUCUUUUUGUUCUGUAAUCGAUAAGUGCACCGGGCAACGAUGUCUUCUUAAUGGCCGCGACGAUUAUUAUGUGUGUGUACCGUGGCGACGGGUUCCGUCUCGUUGAAAACGUUCGGUAAAUAUACUGUUAACGAGGCAGUCGCUAAAAUAAUAUUACGCCUUCGUGUACGAAACAUUGGAAUUAUUAAUAAAUUGUUCAACGUCCAAUACACGGUGCCUACGGUUAGAAUAGACAAGUAAAAAAACAUCAUGUAAAAACGACGAGACUGCACGUUGACAUACUUGUAAACGCGAUAUUUAUCUCUAUAAUAACCGGGGAGAAUAUUAAAAAAAAAAAAACCCGAGAAAAUUGUCUGUAUAAAAAAAAACGGGACCCCGACAAUGUGUAAGGAAUUAUAAAUUGUUUUAUUAAAUUCCCUCUGGAAUCUCGUAAACGUUCGGACUUAUAAAAUCGCGUCCUAAAAAAAAAAAAAAAACUAAAAUAUGCGAAUUGAAACUCCUCGAUUCGUGAUUCGAAAAUACACGAAACUGAUUUGCAUCGAACCGAACAUUACGCCGUACAUAGUCUUAAAACGGAUCGGAAUUAAUCGAAGCUCGUAGACAUAUUAUACUAAUAUCAUUUAAUAUUAUAUCGUGCUGUGUUCUGUCGUGUUCGCAGUGUGCAGAGUACAAGGCUGGACCGCCUGCCACCGGAAAUGACCCGGUUCAUAUUCCGGAGGCUGUCCACGGAAGACCUGUUGCAAGCGUCCGCGACCACGGAACGGUUGUACCGAGUGGCCCAACACCACAUGUACUUGUCCGACGGCGCGCUGAUGGUGCGCGGCGGCCAGGACACGACGGCCACCGUGGCCGGGAUGUUCGACGUGCGGAAAGUGUCGUCGCUGUACCUGUUGGACGUGUACGAUUUCGACCGGGACGUGUCCCGGAAACUUUUGUACCGUGGAUGCAAUCGCGCGGACGACGACGACGACGACGACGCCAAACACGGUGACGAUAACGACGACGACGACGACAGCUGCGAUAUCAACGGCGAUGCAAACGACGACGACGACGACGACGACGACGUCGACCAAACGGUAACGUUGGAAGUGUUGCACGUCGGUUACGCGAAGCACAUCAACUACACCGACCUAUCGGCCGACGGCGUGCGGCGACUGCUGUCCCGCGUCCGAGCUAAACGCGUGUGCUUCAGCAACGUGUUGAUGACGGGCGACGACGUCGUGGACGUGGUGUCGGCGCUCUUCGAGGCGGGCCGUUGUGACGACGAACAGCCGCCAGUGCUCCGGUGCUCGUACGACCGGGCCGACGACGCCGACGUGCUCGCCCUGUUGGACUACGUGGAGUGCACUUGCGCCGGCCUGCUGGCCGAGUUCCGGGUCACGGUCCGGAGGCCCGCGCCCCGCGCAUACGCCGUCUACCCGAUGUCUCGCUCAGCGACCGUGGCCGUCGAAGAUUUCAACUACUUCAGCGACGACGACGACGAAGACGACGGUUACGUCGACGGUGACGGCGACGACGACGGCGCCGGUGCAGACGCUGAGGCAAAAGAAGCGGCCGAAGCUGCCGAAGCCGCGGCCGUCAUUCCCGCGGAACUGCCCGAGGACCUGCUCGUGUUCACCGCGGCCGACUGUUCGGGGCUCAAACCGGCCGCGUACAAGAGACUGGGCACCGCUUGCCGUCAGUUGCGCAGGGUUUGCCUGAAGGCCGCCCGGCAAGCGGACGACGAGGGGUUCGUGGCCGUGGCCAGCAUGCCGUCGCUGCAACAUCUGGACAUAGAAGGCCUGUCUAGCGUCACCUCCGACGGUCUGCUCAAUGGUAAGUUUCGUUCAAACACUAAUUCACAAGUCCCGAGUGUACUCUGAGCGUAUUAUACCGUAUUAGUCGUCUCCCGGGUGAACAAUAUUGUAUUCACCGAUAGAAUGCACGGAUUCGUUUUAAGCGUAUCAUGUUUAGUUUCGAUUUUGAUUCCACAUAACCCCUCUUAAUGUUAACCGUUGUUGUUGACGUAAUGAGAACGAGAAAAUAAAAAUAAUAACCGUCACGCGGUAAACGUUCUUCUUUGAUAAAAAAAAAUGUUUGACGCGUAAGUACCGUUUGUCCCGGGUUCAAUCGCGGAAGUUUCGAAACGCGUUUUUCGUCGCGUCAUUACGCGCGAGACACGCGGCUACGCGUGGCGGAGUUCUCGCGAAAACCCGGUGCGGGGGCUAUGCAGUCUUCUCGACCGCGCCGACGGGUGAAAAACCAACGGGGGCGAUGGGGGGGGUUUACGGCACCCGAGCCCCGCCGUUGCGGCCCGUGUCCACGAUGCGGUACAACAAUUCGUUUUUUUACGUGCGCGAGUUUCGCCGGACCCGGAAACCGGCGGUCCGCGUACUCGACCACGUGCCGGCGCGACCGCCGAGGCUCGCCGGGUACCCGGGCCGACGGCCGGAGUGGUUACGCGGCAACGUGCGGUUACGCAACAGCGGACGCGGGCUCCGCGCGCGCCGACGGACGCGUUCUAUUUUUUUUUUUUAUUUUUUUUUUUUUUUUCUGUUUAUUGCGAAUCGAAAGUCCCCGCGGUCGGCGUUUCGUCGGCGUCUUGACGUCACAGUAACGAUGAAAGGGGGGAAGAAAAAAAAACCGCUCGCGCGCACAACCGAUAACGGAUCGACCGUACAAUUAUUACGCAUCCGAUCCGGAUGGCUCGUGUGCGGCUAUCGCAAUGACUUACAUUUCGUUCCGUUAUCGGGGUAAAAUUCGAUAGUGUUGUUAUUAAUAGUGUUCCGAUUAGGAAAAACAAAUAGAAAAAAAAAACCCGUUCUAAUCGCACCGAUGACGCUCCGAACAAUUAUUACACAACGAUAACCGCGUAACGCUGCAGUGACCCUGAAACGGCAAUUUUUUUUUUUUCUAUUCGCUAUCACCUUUGCAGUCGAAUAGUUGACCGGUUUUUUAAUGUUAUCGCGACAUCAUAAUUUGACGAAAACGACGCGAUAAAAAAAAAUCCUAUCGUUCACGGGGCGCGUGUACGACGAACGUUCAAUUGCCCGCCGCAUUCAGCCGCGCGUAACCGAAGUGAUAAUUCGGCGACAUUGAGCGAACCGGUAUUAUUUUACCGGGUUUUUUUUUUUUCUUUCCUAUAAAUUUCGAACGCUGAAACUCGUAAACGAUCGUUUCCGGACGUAUAUAUUAUAAAACGUGUACACGUCGCCGGACAUUUUAAAUGUUGAACAUGUUUCCCUGUCCGGAACACACGCGCGUUUAUAUUCAUAUCGAAAGUUACUGAAGUUUUUAUAACUGAUCUUGGUUCUUUUUUUCUUUUCUUUUUUUUUUUUUGUGAUCGUCCAUAGCGUAUUAUAGCGCGAGAAACGUAUUGGUUUUACUAGCUAUGUACGUGCGUGUUCAAAUUUUGAUACAAUUCGCAGCGUUUCGCGUACUGGUUUACGUACGGUUUUCCUCCGGCUCCGUGCUAAAACCAAGACGUUUUAAUUAAUUGUUUUUGUCGCAAUUAAUACGAUUUUCGAUUUCCAAUAUUAAAUUCGAUCGUGAUACGUUUCACCGAACUUUGCUGUGGGAGUUUUUCGUUUGCGGUGAUUUAUCGCUACGUACGCGGAUGUAAACUUAAAUCAUCUUUUAUAUCCUAUCUUCCCGACUCCAUACCAUCUAUACAACGACCCACCCGUGGUCGGGUGUCUUCGAGACAAUAGUAUCUCAAACACGUAGAUAUUAUUGUGUCUUGUACAUAAUAUCUUGUAUCGCGAUAGUUAAAUCAAUGGAUCCAUAGAAUGAUUUUAAAGUAUCGGACUCCCAUGAAUGCACCCGAAGGAGGUGCGGUUGGGGUAAUUUCCCACCGCGGGCUUAUCGAAAAUACCUACGAAAAUGUUUCCAAUACAAAUCCACCGCGUCUUAUUAUUGCGAGCGCGACCAAAUCUUAUUAGUAUUUGAAUUUUAAUCGAAUCGAAUGUUUUUAAAUGCAAGCAAGUAUCGUUAACUUAUGUUGCAACACUAUCGUUACAUACCAUAAGUAUUUAUAGACAUUCAGUGUCAAAAGUGUCUAGAUACUGAAAAAUCAAUGUAUUUACUAUUGUGUAUCGAGUGUCUACGGAUACUCAUUUUUAAGUAUUUUGCCCAUCCCACCCGUGGUGCGCACUGUGUCGGAUUUUCUUUUUUUGUUAACGCUCUUUAUUUUUAACGCAGCGUGACGGAUAAUAUACUGUUGACAUUUUUUCGUUAUUUUUAUUUUUUUUUAGUAGUAGUUUACGCGUAUCGGGUGUCAAGUAGUGGUUAUAUUAUAUCGAAAGCGAAAACGCCCAUGUGACAUUCGAGUAAACCGUCGUUUUUAAUAGUGUUAAUGUAAUUAUUGUGAAUUCGUUAAAACCUAAUACAAAUUAGAGUAGAUAUUUAUAAGGUUUAUCAAACCUUUAAAUAUACAUGCGGAUGUGUACUGAAUAUACUGAAAAGUAUUCUCUAAAAAAAGGAAGGUGACUUCAAAAUGUACGAAAACUUUAAAUUGUGAUUUAAAAAUUAAUAAAUCCUAAAACGCGCGUGAGAUAUCCCGAAACGCCAAAAUAUCCAAAACGGAGUCGUUAAGGCAAAAUCAUUUCAGGCACGACCUAACGCACAUUUCGGUGUAAACCAGCUGUUUUUUUAACCAACCAAUAAAAACAUGCAAUUGCGUAAAAACAAAAAAAAAACUUGUUAUAGCAAUAAGUGCAACUGUACAAUUAAAUUGCAAUAAUUUAAAAUAAAAUAAUUCCGCGUUUGCCCGGGUCGUACAAAAGUUCACGCGAUUAAAAUUGGUUCACUUUAAAUUAAUUUGUGAUUAAAAAAAAAAAUUUACACAUGCAUAAAAGCCGGUUUUUUAUUGAACGAUCGUGUCCUUGCAGAUAACAGCGAAACUACAACAUUGUUAUGUAACUGUAGAGAAUGUCAUUAUUUCCUUUUUCCGACGUGUCUGAAACGAUCUUUGGCCGUAUUUGGCGCGUAAAAAACCGUUUAACGAUAUUUUAUUCUCCCGCAAUAUACCUAUUCAUAAAUCACUUUUUUUUUUUAAAUUUAAAAUUCGCGACAUUAUAUAUUGUAUAUUGUUUUUAAGUUCAUCGUUGGAGUGGGCAAACGAGACCCUGUGACCAUUCCGUGUAUUUCAGUCGGUAAAAAAACAACCGCAAAUGGGAAAAGGUCGCGCGGCGAAGGGCGGUCGAGAACCACUGUUCUUCACCGGUACGGGACUCUCUCUCUCUCUCUCUCUCUCUCUCUCUCUUAAACGCAGAAAUUAAUUAAUAACAUUACAUUAAUAAUUGAUUAUUGUCAGUGAUAGUCCGGAAUCGGCGAAACAAAAACAAAAUUCAUACGGUUGUGUGUUUCGCCUUUCACUGUCCGUAAAUUUGUUAAGAAAUAACAAUUAAAUCGUACGACACUGAAAUGAACUUUCCGAGCAAACUUGUCUACUUGACUUUUCUUAAUUGCAUUUCUGUGCUCGCUUUUUUCAGUAUUUUUACUAGGUAUACGAUAUUGAUGUGUGCUUUUUUUUUUUUUUAUUUUGUUCGUGAGUUUUCGGCCAAAAAGGCAUGCUCGUCUUAUCGUCAACGAACCCAAAAGAAAUUUCUCGUAAAGAUGGAUUUUUUUUUUCAAUUCGCUUUUGGUUUUCCUAUGAUGAUUAACUGCGGUGGUUUUUUUUUUCAUCCGUCUGUGAACAAUUUUUCUCCGAGAAAAAUCUUACUCCGAUCAUCAAACAUCCAAUGGUCAUUGUGUCGGUACAGCUUAUCUGCGCUCUACUCGGUGCAUUAUCCAAAUUUUUUCGAUUUUCCGUGUAGUUUCCUUGAUAACCGGGGAAAGACGCGCGGAAAACGGUAAUGUUUACGACGAAAAAAUAACCGUUCCAUUACCCGUCACGGGCGUCGUUUCAAACUGAAACCAUGGGAUGGCGAGCGUUUCGAAUGAUAUUUUAAAUCGAUUUUGUGGUCGACCUAAUGAGGGUUACAAUCGACGGGUCGACGAGUUUCGGGCGACUGUUCGUCAGAGUCGCACAGAAAUGUAUCAAAUACAAAUUUAGAAACGUACUACGCGAUCGGCGGUGCGGAUUUUCCGACACGUUCGGAUUAAAUAUAACCGAUAGGUACAAUUCAUUGUUAUAUCGGUUGCGGCCGUAUUACGCGAAACGAGUCGUGGGAAGGCGCACUCUGCGAGAGAACUGCGGCCCCGGUUUCCGUAAGCGUAUUUCAAACAAUAGACCGGCUAUUGUCCCCUUAAACAAUCAAGUACAAUUGCAAUGUAUUUUUAACGGGAUUUCUGUUUGAAUUCAGAAUGUUAACAUACGUAUAUAUAUAUAUAUCAGCGCCGUUAGCGAGGGGUUUUAGUGGGGUGUGGGCGGGCACGUCCCAGGCCCCGUGCCUCGAUAAUUGCCCCCUCGGGUUCGGGGCCUCGCGUCCGAAAAACGAAAUCGCGAAUGAUAAAAAUAUCGGAACGCGGAAACGCGCGAGAUUUCGCCCCGGGUCCUGGGGUCGACCGCGAUGGAUUUUAUGCGUGUACCGCGCGCCGUCGACCGGAUCGACGACCCGUGACCGCGGUCCGCUGGUCACGCCGCGGAUACCGAGACGUUUAAACCCGUUCGCGUUCAGAAGUCUAAAUGUAAGACGGUUUUGUUUUUCCAUUGCGUUUCUCCGCAGAUUACUCGCGGGCCACGGUAAUCAGCUAUCGAUUUUCCGCCCCGAUAAAAACGAUUGGACGGCAGCCGUUACCCCGUAACGGGCUGCGGCCGUGUCGCUCGACCCGCCGCGUUUCCGUCGGACACGCGCACUUUACGAUAACAUAUUACAAUGCCAUGUCGGCGCGCACAACGUGUCGUUAUCGCCGACUCCCGAAACGCGCACGGUCCGCGUAUUCCUGUACAGGGUGUGCCGCGAAGAUACGGACAUUGGCGAUAUCUCGGAGGGCGCGAACUUAUUUCGGGGUUUCUGUUUCUCGGCGGUUUAAGAGGAACGAACGGCUAGCCACCUGAACCGGUUAGUUCCCAUUGCGAACCCAACGCCCGAGCGCCUGAGCGUCGCCGCACGAGUAAUGAAGUUCCGUUCCGGCGCUAUCCGAACGCGGUGUGAAAUAUUUCGCAACGGGAAAAUCGGAAGGUUCAACGCCGUCUAUUUGUGGGAUUUUUUUCCCCUUCCUCGCCCCCCCCCCUCCAACGCAGUUUGUCAUUUCGCAAUCGAAAUGCGCGGACAGCCGGUCGACCUCCGAAAAACGGCGGCGAAAAAAUUCCGAGACGAAAAACGUCGCGGCGUCCGCGCGUUGUCGCGCUCCGGGACGGCGGCGGAUCCGACCGUUUUACCGACUCGUCCGCGUAUAAAUACGCACGGGUGUACGUAUUCCCGGUGUGAUGUUGCGCGAAUCGAUCGGCCCGAGUCCUUUGCCGUCGCCGCCGUCUACUCGCCCCGGUGCGGCCCGGUGUAUAUUGUUAUCGGUGUACGGCGUGUGCCGUUCGCGAAGUCUGCGAGUCAAACGAUUACCGCCGGCGACAGUUUUGGGGCUGGUGAGGGGAGAGGCGGAAGGGGAGGCGGCGAAGUAAUACAAAUAAAAUCGAAUAAACGCGCGCAGGUAUACACGUACAUACACACACACACACAUACACACACACACACACACACACAUAUAUGUAUAUACGUACCCACACACACACGCGCGCGCACGAGUACGGGGUACCUUUAUAAUACCUAUACGUACCGUGUCGAUAGACCGAAAAGGCCCCCCCUUCACGCGACCACCCCGAGCCGCCCAGAGCAUUGUGCCGAAACAUUUAUUUUCGACUUCAAAGGGAUACGGGGGCCGUAAAACUCCUCGCCGUGGAAAUAAUAAAUAAUAGGAAACGCGCGCGGACCCAUGCAGCAAUCGAACACAAUGCUCGCGUCCCGAUCGAUUUCCGUCCGCCGACGCCGUGGCAGCACAUAAGUCGGGGCGAGUUUCGGUUUUUUUUUUUUUUUUUUUUUAUUUUUUAAAUCGGGUCGAGUCGAACGUUCGUGUAAAGUCGAGUACUCGAGUUUACGACUACCGGGGAAAAAAAAAAAAAAUAUAUAUAUAGGUAUUUACAAUACGAAAAUGAAAAUAUAACGCCGGGACGUCGGGUGGUCCGCAGAAUCGUCGCUAACGGAAUACGAUUCUGGGCGAAGUUCGCCGGCCCGAAAUCCCGAAUCGUCCGCCCCGUUCGCUUGGCGAGGUGAUGUAAUUUUGAUUCCGAAUUGUUCCCACCGGAUCGAAUCGUCCCCGGGGACAUUUGGAUCCCGGUUUUUUUUUUUUUUUUUUUGUAGAGACGCAUAAUUCACCCGUUGAGAUAAUUUAACUUUUUUACAAGACGGACCAGACAUUUUCCAAAACUGAUCAAAUUCUCCCCCUCUGGAUCGAAAUAUCAUCGAAACGUUUAGUUGUCGAGUUCUUUUUUCACGGUGACUGCGGGCAUACCUUUUUACUUCGCUAGGGAUUGAAUUUCUAAAAUCGAUACUUACUUAGUUACUUAGCUAUUAUUAACGCAUUUUUAAUUUGUUGUUCUCCGUCCAUUCUUUUUUUUUUUUAUUAUAAUUAUUAUACAAUAUUUACCUACUUCAAAGUAAUUUUAUUAUUAAAGAUAAACUUAGCCGGCGGUGUUAAUUUAUUGGCUGUAUUUUAUAAACUGUGUCGUGUAAAAUUGAAUUCUAUUUUUUAUUUUUUUGUUUUGCCUCGUGUAUACUUAGAACCGUGUUCAUUAUUGUCCGCAGGUCUCCGGAGAGCCAACGGACUGCAAUCAUUGGGCCUGCGCGAUUGCCCGUACGUGACAGACGACGUGUUGCACCGGGUGGGCGAACUGAGACGGUUGCGCCUGCUCCGGUUGGACCUGACCGAGAGCGGCAAGACUACGGCGGCCGGCGUGGCGGACAUGCUGUCGGGCUGCCAGCGGGUCCAGGACUUGGACCUGACGCUGCCGCUGAACGCCGACUACGUGGACGCGGUCGCGCGGGCCGCCGCCCUGGACCAGCUCCGGACGUUCCGACUGACGUUCGAACGGCUGUCGUUCCAGGAUCACCUGGACAACCAGCCGACCGACGACGGUUGGUCGGAGUCGUUGGCCGCCCGAUUCCGCGGCCACGUCGACUUUCGCGUGCGGCAGACGUUCACCAAGAUCGCCGUGACCGUCGACUGACCCGUUAUCGUACACGAUAGUAUUUUAACGGAAAACGUUUGUUUUAUCAUCGUUCGAGUUAUCACGCUCGGGUGUACAUUGUACAUUUAUUCUUAUACGCUCAUAAUAACAAUAUCAUUGCGCCGAUCGGUGUUAUAUUAUUUAUUUCGAAACUAGUCAAAAGUAAUAGCAUACCGUAUUUUUUUAUUUUGCGUAUCGCAGGUAGUGCAUUAUUUGUUAUCGUCGUAUUUACGUUCGUUAUUAUUAUUAUUAUAAUAAUUAUUGUUGUCGUUUUCGUUACUGGGAGAGUGCGUCCAUUCCAUUCUCUCUCCAGAUAUUUGUUGUAAAUAAUCGUUUCUCCACUCUUCCGCCUGUUUUUUUUUUUUUUUUUUUUUUUACAUGACCUUUACAUUUUAUAUUAUACUUGUAAAUACACAUAAUAAUUAUUUUAAUUUACCGAAAAACUAAUUGUUGUUAAAACGCCUCGCGCAUCGUAUUAAUAUCUUUAUAAACACGAUGACCGGAACCGAAUAAACUGAUAAAAAAAUAACAACCUUGUUGUUUGCGUUUGUUUUUGUUUUUCCUUUCCUCUAUUCUGUACGGUUCGCGAAGUGAUCUAGUUACACGCCGUCAUGGUCGCCUACGUUCCGAUACGUUUCCCAAU